CAGUUGUAACCCUCCACGUCUUUUUGUGUGCUCUGUCUCUCUGUUUUCGAGGUAGAGGGUUGUUGCUAAUUUGCUAUGGUGAAUCAGAAUCCUCUUCUGGGCAGAAGCAGCCAUAAAAAUUCUAAGGUCAACAACACUUGGGGCAAAUUUGUCUUUUCCUUUAUUGCUUUACUCACCAUCACAGGCCUUGCUUUUGGAAGCAGCAAGAGUUCUUGGUUAGGAACCACACAGAAGCAGUUCAAUGGAAAAGCACAAGAUGAUGGUCCUGGAAUUGUGGAGUCAGGGAAAGGGGUUGUUGCAGCUGAUGAUCGCCGCUGCUCAGAGGUUGGAGCUUUGAUGCUCAGACUAGGCGGUCAUGCUGUUGAUGCUGCUGUUGCCACUGCUUUGUGUGUUGGGGUUGUUAAUCCUAUGGCUAGUGGAAUAGGGGGUGGUGCUUUUAUGGUUGUCAGGUCUGCAUCAACAUCUGAAGCUUUAGCAUUUGAUAUGAGAGAAACUGCUCCUUCAGCUGCUUCUGAGAACAUGUACACGAAAAAUCCUGAGGCGAAGGUUUCAGGCCCCUUGUCGAUGGGUGUACCUGGUGAGCUGGCAGGUCUCCAUGAAGCGUGGAAGAAGUAUGGGCGACUUCCAUGGAAAACUCUAUUCGAACCUGCCAUACAGUUUGCUAAAAAUGGCUUUGAGGUUCUUCCCUAUCUAGAAAAGAACAUCUUAAAAUAUGAGAAGAAAAUCAGGGCUGAUCCUGGCUUGAGGCAAGUGUUUGCACCAAAAGGACAGCUCUUGCAGAAAGGGGACAUAUGCUACAAUGUAAAGCUUGCAGAAAGCUUGAAAGCAGUAUCAGAACAAGGGCCACAAGUCUUCUACAAUGGCACAGUUGGUGAAAAGUUAGUGAAGGAUGUGAGAGAGGCAGGUGGGAUUCUGACAGUGGAGGAUCUAAGGAAUUACAAAGUUAAAGUGACGAAUGCUUUAGCAGCGGAUGUAUUGGGGUUUAAAAUACUAGGAAUGCCACCUCCUUCAAGUGGAACCCUGGGAAUGACCUUGAUAUUAAACAUACUUAACAACUACGGGAGCUUCAAUGCAAUUGAAGGAUCUUUAGGCUUACAUAGACUGAUUGAAGCAAUGAAGCAUAUGUUUGCUAUCAGAAUGAACUUGGGUGAUCCUGCUUUUGUUAACAUUACAAAGUAUAUGUCCGACAUGACUUCCUCGUCUUUUGCAGAGGAAAUUUGGCAUAAGAUAUAUGAUAACACAACGUUCCCUCCUGAAUACUACAUGAGCAGGUGGAGUCAGCUACAAGAUCAUGGAACGAGUCAUUUUUGCAUUGUUGAUUCAGAGAGAAAUGCGGUGUCAGUAACAACAACAGUGAACUAUGCAUUUGGAGGUGGGGUGCUAUCACCAUCUACCGGGAUUGUGUUAAAUAACGAGAUGGAUGAUUUUUCAACUCCUGCAGAAGUAAGUCCUGACAAACUCCCUCCCAGUCCUGCGAAUUUCAUACAACCAGGAAAAAGACCCUUGUCUUCUAUGACUCCCCUCAUUAUUCUCAAGGACGAUCAAUUGGCUGGAGUCAUAGGGGGUAGUGGUGGGAUGAACAUUAUUCCGGCAGUAACCCAAGUUUUCCUUAACCAUUUUGUUCUGGGAAUGAAACCCCUCACUUCUGUCCAAAGUCCAAGAGUAUAUCACAAGCUAAUUCCGAAUGUAGUCUCAUACGAGAAUGUGACUGUGAUUGACGGGGAGCACAUUGAACUCCCCAAAGGAAAGAGGAUUUUCUUGGAAAAGAGGGGUCACCAACUAAAGCCUAUUGAAAUUGGAGCAAUUUGCCAGCUGAUUGUUCAGACAUUUGAAAGUUCAGUUGAUCUAGGCCGAAAAACUGGAAGGAAAAUUGGUAAUACAUAUCUUGGUACUCUUACUGCAGUAAGUGACCCUAGAAAAGAUGGAAGGCCUGCAGCAGUGUAAAUAUGUACAUAUGGAUGGGCUUAAAUUAAGUUGAUCUGUGCAUUUGUGAUUCUUGCUUCGUUUAAUAGGGUUUGUCCUGUAUGUUGCAGGAAACUUUGCAGUUUAAGAUAGAUAUUGGCAUUUGAAAGAGGCCAUUCGGUCUGUAUAGGAAUUGCACUCUGCAGUAUUUUAUCAAUUGUUACUCCAUACUUCGUGUGUAACUACAAGCAAUAGCAGGUUAUUAUAAGUGUUUUAUAGCAAAAUUACAAAGUCAUUUAUCUUCUCAA